AUGUCGCGGUUGGCGUCGGCGCUGCUUGCCCUGGCGACGGCGGCCGCGGUGGCGGUGGCGGUGGCGGCGCGGCCGGCGGUGGACGUGACCGCGACGGUGGCCUUCGGGGACGGCUACACGCCGCUCUUCGGCUUCGACAACAUCCUCCGCUCCGCCGACGACCGCACCGUCAGCCUCCUCCUCGACCGCACCACCGGGUCGGGGUUCAUCUCGUCGGCCAUGUACGAGCACGGCUUCUUCAGCGCGUCCAUCAAGCUGCCGUCCGACUACACGGCGGGGGUGGUGGUGGCCUUCUACACGUCCAACGGCGACGUGUUCCCCAAGACGCACGACGAGCUGGACUUCGAGUUCCUGGGCAACAUCCGGGGCAAGCCGUGGCGGAUGCAGACCAACAUGUACGGCAACGGCAGCGUCAGCCGGGGCCGGGAGGAGCGCUACGUGCUGCCCUUCGACCCCACCACCGAGUUCCACCGCUACUCCAUCCUCUGGGCGCGAGACGCCGUCGUCUUCUACGUCGACGACGUGCCCGUGCGCCACCUGCGCCGCGCCCGCGCCGGCCGCGACUUCCCGGCCAAGCCCAUGGCGCUCUACGCCACCGUCUGGGACGCCUCCAACUGGGCCACCUCCGGCGGCCGCUACCGCGUCAACUACCACUACGGGCCCUUCGUCGCCUCCUUCACCGACCUCGCCCUCACCGGCUGCUCCUCCCCCACGGAAGAAGGCUGCGCCGACGCGCUGGCCGCCUCCGACCCCGCCGUCAUGACGCUCGCCAAGCAGCAGGCCAUGCGCCAGUUCAGGGAGCGCAACAUGGUCUACUCCUACUGCUACGACACCAGGCGCUACCCCGUGCCCUUCCCGGAGUGCGACCUCGUCGAGUCGGAGCGGAGCAGGUUCAAGGACAGCGGCCACCGGCUCGCGCUCAGGCGCCGCCGCGUCGGCCGCCGGCCGCCCAACAAGGCCGACAUGUAGCGUGCACGCACCUAGCAGCCAUAUCUUCUCUUCUCUUCUCUUGUGUUAAUUAAUUAGGGACGGAGAUUUGGGUUGGUUGAUUAUGUAUUACUCGGCGGAAUUUGGCAGUAGCAUCCCAAGCGGAAAUUGGGUGACACGUACGGUUACUCGGCGGGCACAUUGCAUGAAAACAUAUAUACGACCUA